AUGUCACCAGAGACGGAUGCGAACGAUCAUGUGCCGCUCGAGUUUUUACUCGGUGCUCGCGUGAAAUACUACUACCCGGAACCAUCGAUCGCCAAACACCAAGGGCGCACCACCAGAGCAAAGCGGAUCUUUGCAUCAUCGAUUCACCCACGCAAAAGAGAGGAGCGAGCUCGAGAACUGUUGCGGCAAGUGUUAGAUGAAGAAGACUCGCAGGAAGCUGAUGGGCCAUCCGAAUCGGCGAUCCCACAACUCAAGUCGGACAAGUCAGACGUGUUAAAAGCUCUCGAAGCAGCAGCAUCAACACCAUUUAGCGACAGAGAGGACAUUUUCGACCCCGACAGCUUCCACUUAGGUUUUGAGGGCUAUCAGCGAAGCUCUACUCGGAUAAAAAGCCUACAGCAACUGCGUGACGAUGAUUUAAGGCGCCAACAGCAGCGAGAUGCUAGUUUUCAUGGGUAUGAAGAAGGCGGUGCACCCUUCCUGGAUGUCACUGGGGCAGCAGCACGCAUUCCCCACACGACGACGCGCCAACUUCGAGAUCUUAAGCUCAGCGUGGUCAAAGCGAAAAAGAAAUCGGAGGACAAAAGAACGCAUGAGAUGAUCCGACUUUUGCAGGAGCAGCAAGCGCACACACGUACCGCACUUCACAAGCACCAGCAACUGUCGAAAGCACUUUUACAGCAUAAGAAUCCGCGCGUGAUGGCAACUAGCGUGCUCCAGUUGGACAGCAUCGAAAAGAACGAAGGUGAUGCAAGAAGAGCUAUCCGCACUAUCGCUCCGCUACACGCGCAUGACUCCUACUACGACCAGCAAUGGCUAGAGGAGCAGGAACACCUUGGACGACCAACUAUGGCUACUUUGACUCUGGAUCCGCUGGUUAUACCUUCUUCGCCAUCGUCGGAGGCAAUUGAUACAACUUCUCAACAUCCCUCGGGUAACAAUGACGAGGAUACACUGGCCAGUGCGGACGGAGGUGACGAGUUCGAGCAGAUUCGAAAGCGAUUAGAUGAUCGCCAACGCGAGGAAUUUGCCGGUAGUGCAGCCAACGGGCUGUUCUUCGGAGGAGGGUAUAUCGCCAAAAAGACGAAGGACAAGUACAGGAAGAAAUCAAAGUCAAGGCCGGUUAGCGAUGACCCCGGCAACGGGCUCGAGACCGUCCUUGGUACUCAAUCGGCCUCAGUUCUUCCGUUGGCUGAAGCCAACCCGCCAGCACUGCGCCGUCGAAAAGCGAGCGCGGGUCAACACCGCCCUAGAAACCACAAACUUCAAUCCGGCAAAGAAUAA